CGGACGUUAUUUUCAAGCUGGGUCAGAAUGCAGACCCGCUGACAUCCGUACAAGUGGACCAGGAUGGCAUGGUUACCGCCCUCUAUUGGCAAGGGUCUUAUCUGAGCACGUCCAUUCCAGAGAGCAUCAGCGCCCUCUCACGCCUCACUCUGCUCGACCUGGGAGACACAGUGCUUAGCGGCUCUCUGCCCAAAACCAUGAGCGCUCUCUCCAGAUUGCAAGACUUGAGUCUGGGGCACAACUCUCUCACCGGGAGCAUUCCUGCAUGGAUCGCCUACAUGACCGCACUCACUGCUCUCCGGCUGGACAGUAACAGGUUCACUGGCAGUCUACCAUCGGGGCUAGCUGCACUCACGAAUCUGCAAACGCU